GGUGCCGCACGGCACCUGCCGCUGCUCGGCGCGGAGCUGCACCGCCGGCGGCCGGCCAUGGCCGCACUGCUCUGCCUCGUGCUGCUCAUGUACUUCACAAGUGUAUCUACUGCCCAGACUACGGAUUGCCCGCGCUUCAGUAAGCAGUGUAUGAAUGUUGCAAAUGGAUGUGAAAGUGUCUGGACUAUUGUUGAAGAUGUCUGCAAUAUUUCAGUUCCAGGUAAUAGAUGCAAGGCAGAAGAUGCAAUUGGCUGUAAUAGAAUCAUCCAGGCACUGGUUGACAAAUAUCCAGAAUUUAAAAACUGUGUCUGCACUACAGAUGGCCCCUGCAGCAUCACAGCUAUACUCGGGAAUCGAUGCAGCAUUGACAAAGAGUAUUUGGAAACUUCCUCAAGAUCAAAUGCUGAGCUGAGUAUUAGGCAGCACAGAAAGCCCCAAAGCCAAAGACACCCCCAUGAAUCAGAGAAGGAUUGCACCAUUGCGAAAAGAGUCUGUCAAGAGGAUCUGUACUGUUCUUCAGUGUAUAGGAGCUUCCAGCGAGCAUGCCGGGCAGAGGCAGCAAAAUGUAGGAUGGGCAGCCAGGAAUGUUUGUCAGCGUGGAAAGAACUGAGGAAAACAGUGCUGGGAGAGUGCAAGUGCUCGGAGCCACUUCAAAGGAGAUGCCUUAGAAUAUGGAAAGGAAUAUUUAGCAACCCUUGUUUGCAAUACUCUCAAGGGAACCAAGGUUCAGUAGCUAGUGAAAAUGGUGAUGAAGAUGACGAUGAUGGUGACGAUCAUGAUAAAAAUCAGGACACUGACACAGACAAUAUUAGUAUGGAAACAAAGUUACAAUGGAGUUUAUCAUCUCUCCCUAAGCAAGCAUACACAGCAAACAGAUCCUGUUUGGAUGUGAACAUGGACUGUGUUGAAGAUGAAGUAUGUAACAAACAGUUGUCCCUGUACCUUAAGGUCUGUUCAGUAAAUAAGAAGUGCAACAUGGAAGAAUGCCAAGCAGCCAUGAGGUUCUUCUAUCACAACAUGCCUUUUGAAGUUGCCCAAAUGAUGACAUUCUGUGAUUGCAUCCAGCCCGAUGAAUCCUGCCACAGUGCCAAAGAACUUCUUCAUGGCAAGCCCUGUGCAAUUACUUCAGCUCCACUCCCAUCAUGUCUCAGUGUAAUUCACAUGUGUGAGGAAAAUGAACUGUGCAGGAAAAUAUUCAAAACUUUCUGGGACAAAUGUUGGAGACAUGUGACCAAAGAAUGCUAUGAUGAUGAAGCUUGUCUUGAAACUUUAAUCAAAGAUGACAUGCCCUGUUCUGCGAACGCUGAUUGCAAAGCAGCCUACAUCAGCAACUGGGGUACAAUGCUGCAUGUGGAGUGCACCUGUCAGAAUUCACCACCGGCAGAACAGUCGCUGUGCAAGCUCUUCCAUCACAUGCUUCACAGCACAUCCUGCUUCAGUCAGCUACGUCAAAUUUCAGUUAAGAAAGGUUUUCACUGGCUGAAUACAGAAAUACCAGGAGAAAAGCUUUCCAGAACACAACUGCAUUCAUCUUCAAUUAAUGAGCCUGCAGAACAAAACACGAGUCAAGAAGUCCCUCGCCAGAUCAUUCUUCUGAAACAUUUAUGGUCCAUUAUAAAAGUCACAGAUGAACUACUUUGUUGCUUAUGCUUUUUAAGGCUACUCUUGAAAGCCAGCCUGUUGUACAUAUGUGGUAAUAAAAGAUAUAUUAGAAAACUUACUAUAAAUUAUGGAAUUUUGUAGUUGCGCAUACAGAAGAUUUUUCUAUUUAUUAACAUGUUAAAACUUUCACAAGCUUAAAAAAAACAAACAUGUUUUUGCAUAGAUUCAUAGAUCUGUCCUGAGCUAUACAUUUGCUAUAUCCUCAGACUCACAUGACUGAUAUUAAUGCUGUAUCCGCGUGAGUCUGGCUUUGCAACGUGCCUAGUAGGGCAAACUGUGAGAGCCACCCUACAGAUGUGAAUUCAUCUGGCAAAAAGGAAAAAAAUCCACUCAGAAACAUUUCAGAGAGCAGUUAGAAAGCAUAUAUGGGGGGUUUAGUACCCUCGGUUCCCUCCAUGUACCCAAUGGGAUAUCUAUGAGGCAGCACACAUGGGAAGGUGGCCUGCAGUUUGACUGUGGAGCACUCAGUGGGGUAGAGGAAGAUCAGGAUUACAGCCCCUAUCAGCAUGAAGAGGAAUUAAACUGGGUGCCUGGGCAGAUGCUUUGACCAGUAUGUUGUUGCUGAAACUGGUUAUUCCCUCCCUUCUGAGAUGCUUCAAAAAGACAUGAGAGAACUUUGCCAGUCUGAAAACAACAAUUUUAGAAAACAUUCUAUGAUCUGAAUUCCCAGUGGCAAAAACCACUUGAUGGAGGAUGAAGUGAAACACCUGUUUCUUAAGACAUCAGAUGAUACCACCUUUCUCUUCAUCUCUGUUUCAUAUGCAUUGUCUCUAGGCCAUAUUCAAAGUGCCUAAUUCUCCCUUUGCACUGUACUGGGAGUUAUGGUCUCUAACACACCAUUCUGGAUCACACUCUGUGGUGAUGAGUUCUGGAUUUCUCCUUGUAGCUGAGUUGUUUUGCUAGACUUAAGCUUCUGCUUAUGAGAAAUUGGUUGCCUUUGUUGUGGUUUUGUAACAGUCAGGUUCUGGUCGGCACAAGGUAACAGACUGGCAUUUCUUGUACUGCUAUCACCACAUGCAGCAUAUGUCUUAUCUUUUCAUGAUAACAUCCAACAGAUUUUCUUAUUAGCUUAUACGAAGAUGUUAGAAACCCUUCAUAUGUGUGCUUAGACACACAAACUCACACACAGGAGCACAUAAAAUGCACUUGAAACUGGGGUAAACGUGAGUUAUUCUGAAAGACAUAUUGAGUGAAUACUGUAUACGCGCUGUGUACUUGUGGAAUUUUACAGGCUCUUUUCAUUAGGACUAACUUUAAUGCUUAAAGGAAAAGUAAAUUUCCUCCAUUACAAUGUGUAACAUGUACCUGUAUCACAAUUCCUUUGAUUUAUAUUCCAUAGUGGCACUGUAUUCUGUCAAUUGUAUGUAGGCAUUAACUAUUAAAUAAAGGAAUUGUUGCUGUGA